AUGGUGAGCCUCGGCAGCUUGGGUCGACAAAGCGAACAAAGCAGAUCGACGCGCCCAAACACCCCCGGUAAUGAUCUGGCACAACCUGUUGGCCCUGGGGAUUCUAAGCUCAACAAGCUGAAAGACUUUGGGCGCCGUCGUCGAACAUCCGUCGGUAAUGCGCUCUCAGGAUUCCAAGAGGGAGUAUCGAAAGAGUUCCAAGCUCUUCAAACACGGAAGACCCAAAUGGAUGUUGGGCAGGAAGCCAAGGCUGGCGGGCAAAAGAAACGAGCCAUCAGCCGGAUCAGUGACGGCUCUACCGUUCCUUCCCCAAGUGCUUCACCUGCAGGCAGCGCCCAACGUCCGACUCGCCCUGCUACGAACAUAAGGAUAGGCGAACCUCCCGCGCUGCUUGUAUCCAGCUCCAUCUUGCUUCCAGACAGGCUGCCGCAUUCAGUGGAUCAGUCCCUCGAGCAGAAAAAGCCGUCUAGAGACCCUUCUCCAUCAGCACGAUUCUACUCCUCUUUUCAGUCGACAGAUACUUCGGGACCAGCUCAACCUCUUUCACCAUCUUCCAUCGAUUCUGGUCAGACCAGGCAUCGACUUUACGGCCACGUCCCGUCCCCACUAACAGAACCGCAUAUCGCCCAGGAACGCGAUGAUGGCAAUGAAUCCAAACCUCCCGUGCCACCCAAAAUUCUGGACGACCCUCAAAGAUCGAUUACGGAUCAGUCCCGCGCAGACGAGGCCAACGAAAUGCCAGCUGCUCCUAGCACCUCGAGUGAAUUUCACUGGGCGACUGCUCGACUUGUUAAUGAAACUGCGGACCCGGUCGAGCUUCGAAUCACACGAGAUGAUUCUAGUGAGGAAGUUAUCAUGUCUCCCACGGCUUAUCCCCAACAGAUGUGGAAGCCGGACGGUUAUUACUAG